AUGAAGUACAAUCCGCACGCGACAGCAAAGUAUCUGCCAGUGCGCAGAGUCGAUCCGAUUUCGUUGCGAGGGAAAUACUUUGGUAUUCAAAUUUUUCAACAAACAGUAAUCUUCGCUACCAUCGCUCCUUUCAAGAUGCGGUUGCAAGCAGCCACCUGCGCGCUUCUGACGCUCUCUUUCUUUCUACCGGCACGCGCUACUUCCCCCUUCUACACUAGUACUAACUUCUACUUGAUGUUAUACAAGACCGAUAGUUGUACUGCCUAUCGCCUACCUUUUUACGUAAAUGAUUCCGGAGGCCCGGUGUUGGACUCGAAGAUUCCGCCCGGGCUUCCCCAGUUAGUAUGAAUGAUCCUUGGUUUCUUUGAUUUUGCAGUUGUGUGCAGUUGACUUUCGGGCGACCAAGAGUCACGACAACUUUUUUCGGGGAAGUGGUACUACGGAUACGCAACUACAGAGGGAUACUGCAGUCCUUCUUCGGGAAAGAUUAAGAUGUUAAAAUGCUUCGAAUUCGUAAAAGGUUUGUACAUUAUGAACGGGUGAACAAGUAAAAAUUCUUCAGUAGAGACUGCCUAAGUGCACUUGUAUCAAGGGACAACUUGUAUUGAGAAGAGUAAUACGAUUGUACAAACUUGACGCUUAUUGUCAUUUACCCUGGUUGUCAAAACACCGUGCCGGCGAAGAAGCGUGCAGAAGUGCUGUAUUAGAAUUAGUGGCGAGCUGGUAGCUAAACAACAAAGGUUGCUGUUGGAACUUUAUGCGGAAAUAGCGACAACUCACAACUAGAACACCUAUAGUUUUUUGGGCUGCUAAUAUUCACUUGUGGCCUUCAAUUAUUACUCGCAAUCGAAACCUGAAGGAUCCUGCUAUCGAAGAUGAAAAUUGGGUCCUCUGGUUCGUCUUGAGUCUCUUACCGCCGACAACUAUCCUCGAAAAGUAACAAUCGUAAGUAUAGCUCUACCAAAUUCGCGAACCCUUAAUUUACUACUCGGCUGGAGGACCCCUCCAGCUUUCGCACUGGUACCCCGGUUUGUUUAGAAGAUACCCCCGCGACUCAGUCCGAUGGACGACAACAUCAUCAAGGGCUUUCUUUUUUAAUUUCAAUCCGCAUAGAAAUUGGGUUCCAACAGAGGAGCUGAUAUGCUCUCAAUGUCAGCACGGAACAAAAAGGAGAAGCAGCAUGAGAUAAGCUUAAGCAUCAUGAGACGAUGAACACGAAACAUAGCAUCAAAGCGACACCUGCUCAGGGUGUGUCUGCUCAAAUGCGUAGCAGAGUCCGCCCUGCAGAUGAACAAAUACAGUACCU